AUGGAGGAGCAGAUUGCAGCACUUAAGAGCCAGCUAGAAGCUCAAAAUGUGGCUACUGAUCAGAAGUUUGAGGAGCUGAAGCAAAUGAUGCAGUCCUUGAGUAUUGGUACCUAUGUUACCAAGCAUGAUGAACGCAUUCCUCCGCCAAGGUUUGGCUAUAAUCCUAAACUCGAAUUCCCGAAGUUUGAUGGUAGUAAUGCUAGGCUUUGGAUUAAAAAAUGCUGCAAGUACUUUAGCUUGUGUAAGAUACCUGAUGACCAAAAAGUAGAUCUAGCAUCCUUAUACAUGUUAGAUAAGGCAGAAAAUUGGGUAUCUAGUUACCUAGCUACUAGAAGUAAUGUUGAUUGGCAUGAUUUUGUUAUAGACCUAGCUGCUAGGUUUCGAGAUGAUAAAGGCAUUAAUGUGGUUGAGGAGUUUAAUAAACUACAGCAGCAUGAUAGUAUUGAAAAUUAUGUGGAUGACUUUGAAAACUUGAGAUCAAUCAUGGUUCAAGUUGGGUAUAUGUUGCCAGAUAAGUAUUUGCUUGAGAGCUUUAUAGGAGGACUGAAAUCAAGCCUCAGACCCUUUGUGAAAGCGUUCAAACCCCAAACCAUUUCAGCAGCUAUUGAAUAUGCUAGAUUCCAGCAAGAGUCUGAUUCCCUAAACACAUCAAACCGCCCAAAAUAUACCACCACUAAACCUUAUCAAACACUAUCCACCCAAAACUCUUCCAAACCACCACUCUUACCCCUGCCACCUACCUCUCCUUUCCUAAAAACCAACACUAAGCCCACCCCAAAGACCAAAUUCAUUCUUGCUGAUGUAAGAGCUGAGAAGAUUGCCAAAGGGCUGUGUUAUUACUAUGAUGCACCCUAUAAUCGAAACCAUCAAUGUCAAUUUAAAGAGCCUCAGUUAUUUACUGUUGAAGUGCCUGGUAUGGAUGAGGAGGAUAUAGCUGCAGUAACUUUGACUGAGCUGGAAGAGGUGACUGAUACAGAUCCUCUGAUAUCCUUGAAUGCUUUGACUGGGAAUCAGAAUUUCAGUAUCAUGAGGGUCAAGGUUACCACUAUGGGCAAAACCUUGCAGGUCUUAAUUGACUUAGGGAGUACACACAAUUUUCUGGACAUACACAUAGCUGACAGCAUUGGCUGUAAAAGUGAAACCAUUCCUGAUAUGGCUGUGACAGUAGCAGAUGGCAAUCAAUUGAGGUGUGCUUCUAUGUGUAAAGGGUUUACUUGGAUGUUAGGGGGGCAACUCUUUACUGCUGACGUCCUCCUUAUUCCUUUGGGAAGUUGUGACAUGGUUCUUGGUGUACAAUGGUUAAGCACUCUAGGAAGCAUUUCUUGGAAUUUUAAACAGAUGACAAUGAGGUUUUCUGUCCAUAAUGAUUGGGUUGAGUUGAAAGGCAUUCCCAGUAAAAGGUUGAAAGUUAGUGAUAAGGGGUUGCCUGACAAAUUUCUGAAUGAGGCAGCCCAAGUGUGCUUAAUUCAAGUGUCUCAGUUGAGUGGUGAAGUGCCACCAGGUCUGGUUCAUGUAUCGGGUACAGAGGCAGGCCACUGUUCUGAGCUAGUACAGAUGAAAGUUACAUAUGCUGAUGUAUUUGAAGACCCUUCUGAGUUACCUCCUUUGAGAGGGGUAUUUGACCACCAAAUACAUCUUGAACCAGGAAGCAGUGCUGUGAAUAUUAGGCCUUACAGAUACCCCCUAAGGCAGAAGGACAUGAUUGAACAAUUGAUUCAAGAAAUGCUUAAAAGAGGUGUGAUUCAAAACAGUGCUAGCCCAUUUGCUUCUCCAGUAGUUUUGGUGGGAAAUAAGGAUGGUACAUGGAGUCUUUGUGUGGAUUAUAGGGAACUUAAUAGGAAAACCAUAAAGAAUAAGUUUCCUAUCCCUGUUCUUGAAGAACUUAUUGAUGAGUUGGCUGGUUCAUCAGUCUUCAGCAAAUUGGACCUGAGGGCUGGUUAUCACCAACCGAGAAUUCACCCUAAUGAUGUCUAUAAGACAGCCUUCAAGACGCAUUCAGGGCAUUAUGAAUUCUUAGUCAUGCCAUUUGGUUUGACUAAUGCACCAGCUUCAUUUCAGAGUUGGAUGAAUGAAGUUUUUAGGCCUGUGUUAAGGAAGUUUGCUCUGGUAUUUUUUGAUGAUAUAUUAGUGUACAACAAGAGCAUACAAGAACACUAG